AUGGAGUUGGAUAUUGCAGUCGUUAUGCGAAAACGUGCUGAACUAGGUUAUGGACUCGAUAUUACGGGUGCCACUUAUGUUGAGAUUGUCAAAGACGAUGUACAACUUCGAACAAUGUGGACAUGGAUAAAAUACAUUAACGAUUACAUGGAAGAUCCAUUGAUUCGACGGCAUUUGGAUGUGGAUUCAUCACAGUCAAACUAUACAUCAAAUCAGAGAAAUAGUAGUGAUAACAUUCCUUCGAAACGUCGUGUACCUUUCAGAGGUUCAGGUGUGAUUUCACUUUUAUGCGACAAUUUGUCAUCAUCUGGUACUAAAUUAACAAGUGAAGUUUUAAUGCAUGUUGAAUGGCAAGGAAUAGAUGUGAAAUUACCAUUUUCGCGAUAUCGGAGUCCCGAACGAUCACGUGUUUUACGUUUUUGUAUGUGGCCACUUGAUGAUACAGACGUUGUUCAGCGUCCUGUAUUCGAAAGUUUAUGCUCUGAAGGACAAUAUGAACGAGCAGCUGCAAUGGCUUUAAUUAAUUUGAAAUUUGAUUGGGCGUUAAGUUUUCUAAAUCGAGCUUCAUCAGAUGCCGAUAUCGAUCUAGUCGCAUUGGCUUUAGCUGGUUACACAGAUACAAGAAAUGAAUUAUGGCGAACAACAUGUGCCAACUUAAUAAAACACUUGCAAAACCCUUACUUACGUGUUAUGUUUGUAUUCUUAAGUCGACAAGGUGGUGAUUUUCAAUCAAUAUUGAAUGACGAUGCCCUAUGUCUUAUAGACCGAGUCGCAUGUGCCUGUUUAUAUCUAAACGAUGAUGAUCUUCUUGUCUUCUUACGUUCAACUUGUAAUUCUAUGGUUCAACGUGGACAGUUAGAGUCGAUUCUACUAACUGGUCUCUGUUCAAAUGAUUUUAUUAACCUAAUACAAAAUUAUGUUGAUACAACUGGUGAUGUUCAAUCGGCUGCAAUUGUUGGUUUACACGCUUGUCAGUUAUCAUUAAAUGAUAACUAUUCAAUGGUAAACAACGAAAAACGAACUGAUAUGAACGAUAAUAAUAAUGUGAAUAAUUCACGUCAUGUACAAAUUGUGUUAAAUGGUGUACGGUCAUCAACUGUUGAUAAGAAAUUGUCCAUACCUUUAGGAGGAGGAGGAUAUGCAGGCCGUGGCUAUUCGUCUGGAGCGGGUACUAGUGAUCAACAACCUAUGAUUAUUAAACUUGGUGGGCUUAAAAUAGCUAAUUGGGUUCAAUGCUACCGUGACCUAUUAGAUCAGUGGCAAAUGUGGUUCUAUCGAGCUGACUUUGAUAUCACAUAUAAAUCACGUCUUUUAUCCGAUUAUUUAUAUCCCAGCACUUCUCGAACUCAAAUGUCUAGUUCAUUGUUGAUAUCAUCAAAAAGUGUUGAAGCGGAUAUGCCCACUACUAGUACUGUUUCUGGUACUGGUAGUAGUACUACUACCAAUAGUAUUGUUACUACUGUUUCUACAAACAACACUAAUUCUUCAUCAUAUAGUAGUAAAGUUCGAAAUUUUGGAUUUAUCGCUGGUGCUAAUCAAGUAUUUGUUGCUUGCGGUUUCUGUGGUUGGCGUUUAGAACCUCAAAGUAACAAAUUGAACGUGUUCAAUAUUAGUGGUGCUGGCAGUGGUGGUAGUAAUACUAGUAAUACCAUGAACAGUUCAUCCAUUAUUGAUACACCAUGUUCACCAACGCCGACGACAACAACAUCAACAAAUUUACAAAUGCAUGGAGGUGGUGGUAAAUUGACAAUCUGUCAACAUUGUCGUAAACCAUUACCUAGAUGUUCAAUAUGUUUGAUGCAUUUAGGCACAUCGAUUCCAUUAAAUGAAUACAUGUCUGUUACCAAUGCUAUAAAAUCGGCUGAAUCAAUGUUUCAACAAACAGGAUUGACAUCAACUGGUAAAUUAUCUGUUGAUUUCAUGAAUGCUAUGCAAAUCAAUACCACGAGUUCGUCCAUAUCCCUGUCAGAGAACAAUGCUAUAAAUAAAAAUAACCAAAAAAAUCUAUAUUCAUCACCUGAAAAAUCUUCAUCAAUCCCAAAUUCCAUACCGAUAGCUGAUUGGUUUGUUUGGUGUCAAGCUUGUAGACAUGGUGGUCAUGCUAGUCAUUUGACAGAUUGGUUUUAUGGAGAUUCGUUUGAUUUAGGAGAUAAUGGUUAUUCGAAAGAAUGUCCGGUCAGUGGAUGUCAAUGUCAUUGCGCUGCACUGGAUGUUAACCAAACACUUUCUCGAUUAAAUUAUUCUCGUUCAUCUAUAAAUAGCCGUAGUCCAGAUUCAGAAGAAUCUAGUUCACUUGUUGAUAACGAACCAAUUGGAUAA